GUGGUUUCAAAGUUGAAAGCAACCAAAAGCAACAAUCAAACAAUAAUCGUCAUCGCAUCAAGAGUGACUUGGUACCGGAGAUAACUCUCGUUCCAAUAAACAACGCGGUUAAUUUUCCUAUUUCUUCUUUAGAUUGUAAUGUAAAAACGGUAUCAACACAAAAAUGAGGAUCACAAACGUAAGACGUGGAAGGAUUUUUCGCAUAGCAGGGAUUUGUGCGAUAUUACUAGUUUUGAUUUAUGCUUUGCAAAGUUGGACUAGUGCAAACGUCGGCAUUGAUACAAGUGAAUUUAUCAACUCGGACGCUCAAAAAAGUUACUACAAAUUCCAUAGAAAUGUGUACCCGGCACUAAACACUGAAUUAGGUAACUUUGAGCCUAAAACAAGGAAUUCAGUGAGUGGUCCUGGGGAAGAAGGGAAGCCAUAUCACAUGUCCCAGGACAGGACAAAUGACAUCAGUGAGUCAGAGAGUGAAUAUGGAAUGAAUAUUGCUGCAUCAGAUGAUAUUGCUAUGAACAGAUCGAUUCCGGACACCCGUCUGGAGGAGUGCAAAUAUUGGCACUACCCAAAGGAUCUGCCGAGCACAUCGGUCAUCAUCGUGUUCCAUAACGAGGGUUUCUCCGUCCUGAUGAGGACUGUACACUCCGUCAUCGACCGUUCACCUCCUAGUGUUUUGCAUGAAGUUGUAUUGGUCGAUGAUUACUCAGAUAAAGUAAAUUUAAAAGACAAUCUCGAUAAUUAUAUAAAACGAUGGAACGGUAAAGUGCGCUUGAUUCGAAAUACACAGAGGGAGGGUUUGAUUCGUACUCGGUCUCGGGGGGCGCAGGAGGCGACCGGUGACGUCAUAGUUUUCCUAGACGCUCAUUGCGAGGUCAACGUAAACUGGUUACCACCUUUACUAGCUCCUAUAUAUAGAGACUAUAGGAUAAUGACGGUACCAGUUAUAGAUGGAAUCGAUCACAGAACUUUUGAAUACAGACCAGUAUACCAACAUGGUACAAAUUAUAGAGGCAUAUUUGAAUGGGGCAUGCUAUACAAAGAGAACGAAGUCCCAGAUAGAGAAUCUAAUCUCCACAAACAUAAAUCAGAACCAUACAAAAGUCCAACACACGCGGGUGGAUUGUUCGCAAUCAAUAGAAGAUAUUUCCUUGAAAUUGGUGCAUAUGAUCCUGGUCUUUUAGUCUGGGGUGGUGAGAACUUUGAGUUAAGUUUUAAAAUCUGGCAAUGUGGAGGCAGUAUCGAAUGGGUGCCGUGUUCACGUGUGGGUCACGUGUACAGAGCAUUCAUGCCGUACUCAUUCGGAAGUCUUGCAAAGAAUCGAAAAGGUUCCCUCAUAACAAUAAACUACAAGAGAGUAAUAGAAACAUGGUUUGACGAGGAACAUAAGGAAUACUUCUAUACUAGAGAACCGAUGGCCAGAUUUUUGGAUAUGGGUGAUAUUACUGACCAAUUAGCGUUAAAAGAGAGAUUGAAAUGCAAGAGUUUCGGCUGGUUUAUGGAGAAUGUAGCUUACGAUGUGUACGAUAAGUUCCCGAAGCUGCCCAAGAAUGUGCAUUGGGGCAUGGUAAAGAAUAAAGCGGCCGGUGUCUGUCUCGAUACUAUGGGGAAAGCGGCACCAGCUUAUAUUGGUACAUCAACAUGCCACGGCGCGGGCAACAACCAGCUGUUCCGGCUGAACGAGGCGGGGCAGCUGGCCGUGGGGGAGCGCUGUGUUGAGGCUGACAGUGACAGUCUCAAGCAGGCCAUCUGCAGGCUCGGCACCGUCGAUGGACCCUGGAGCUAUGAUGAAGCACACAACCAGCUGGUACACCGGCUGCACAGCCACUGCCUGACCCUGCAGCCGCAGUCCCGAGUCCUGGGUCUGGCGCCCUGCGACCCUCACAAUACCUUCCAGCAGUGGACCAUCGCACACAAGAAGCCCAACUGGUGAGUCCCAACUACAGGGUCUAUACCCCCCUACGUCCACCCCCUACCACGUGAUAUAUAAAACAUUUGAAUUUUGUAAUAACGAAUUUAUUUGAUUACUGUUGACCUCCAGUAUUACUCGAGUAUGUAACACGAUUUUUUUUCUUAGUUGAUUUAGAUUUUCAAGUGUUACAAGAGGUCUGUAAUAACAUUUGGACACUGCCUAUUUACGAAUUACAUCCAAAAGUAAUUUAAUAUUUAAGAAUUCAGAUGAAAGCAAUAUUUAAAUAUCAUAAAUCUUCAUUAACACUAUAAAUAUUAUACUUUAAAUAAUAAUUCUAGAAACUUCGAUUGGAACAUUUCUAGAUCUAAGCCUUCUCAAUUCGUGACCUACCUAUGGUGUCUAAGACCAAAAUAUCCAUACAAAACAUAUCGUCAUCCCUGUCAUUAUCCCUGACAAAACAGAGGUAACAAUGUUUUGAACGGACAUUUUGGUCUCAGAAACCUACGGUGAUUGAAUCAAGGCAUUGUUUAUGGUUGCUCUGACACUUGACACUUGUCUCUGUUCUGUCAAAGAGAAUGAAAGAGAUGACAAUACAUUAAUAUGUAUGUAUGUACUGUAGUUGUAUUAUUGGGUAGUAUAGAAUUUUUAAUGUUAAAUCACCAUUUUGCCUUUCUUUGAAAUUAUAUUUCGUUUAUAUUAAUAUAUUUAUUAUAACUGCGUCCAUACAUAUAAGUACUUAAUUUAUAAUUUUAUUUUACUAUUUUUUUCCUAUUCUUAUGUACCUUAUUAACUAUUUCUUAUCUAAUGUUAUUUAAUGCCUGUGUCAAAAGAAAAAAAAUGAUUUCAAAGAGAAAAAUCAGCAAUGAAUAUUUUUCUAUUGUUUUGAAACAUAUUCCUAAUGAAAAAUAUAUGGCUUGCUUGAUUUAGAUAAUGAAAUUUAUUAAAAUAUAAGUAUUCCUUGCUCAAAACGACUAAAACACAAAAAUUGCUUGGUGGUUACUGUCCUAAAGGUGGGUUUUUAUGGUUCGUGCUUACAGAUUCAGACCGGUCUCCGGAACAAGAAUUAUUUUAAAUUCCGGUCAUAUUUUUAAACCAAUUAAAACAAUGAGCAUAGAUAUAUGAUAAGUUUAUUGUAUUUUAUUUUUAAGUGACAUUUUAUGAUUGACAAAUUUAAAAUCUGGAAUGACUAGAAAGUUAGACUAAAUUAUUAUAAUAAAUAUUUGUAUGUCUCAUCUAGAAUUGUAGGGACGUUAAAAAUCAAUGCAUUUUAUGUAAAUUUCGAAAAGAACCGAAAUGGUCACUUAAUUGUACUCUGGGUGUUAACAACUGAAACCUGCUAAUUUAUGUGGUUCUCGAAUAGCGAUGGGCGUUAAUCUAACGAUCUAGUUGAAACAACCGUUCAGUGUUUUAACCGUUCACUGUUUUUAUUUAACAUAGGAAUACACACUGAUCGCCAUUAUUUUCUCCACCACUCUUUUAUGUUUGUUGAAUGCAUGAUUAACUAGUUGACGAAAUCAACUAGUUUUUCGACAAGUUAAAAAAUAACAGUUUCGUUUCGUUGACGCCAAAACGGUCAACGGCCCAUCCCUAUUUUAGUUUGCUGUGACAGUUGUAUUGACACAAAUUGUUGUCUCUGCUUUAUCAAUGAAAAUAUGAUGACAUAUCAAAACAAAUGUCACUGUAUUCAAAAGCCACAGUAAGUUCUACUUUGUGUAAAAGUAAAGGCCAAUAAUUUUAUUAACUACUAUAAAAGACACAAUAGACGUCACAAAUAUUUUAAUGAAAUUUUAGUGAGAUUAUUUUCAUGUUAUUUAUAUAAGAUGUCCAGAAGUGUUAAACGGAGUACCUUGGUCGAAAAUAUGACUAUAACCAAUUAACCUCUUUCCAAGUUGCAUAGUUUAUUUGCAUAUAUACACUAAUUUAAAACAUACUGCUAUCAUCAUUUUCAAACAAACCUUUGGUAUAAAAUUAACUGGCAACGAUAUUUUGCAACAGCCUGUACAAUGACUAUUAAUUUAUUUUUCGUGGAUAUUACAUUCAAUAUGUAAGAUUAUUUUCUUCUCUCUUGUAAAGUUUUAACACUCCGUUGUACACAUCUUUCCCGGACACCUAUAUAUAUAUUUUAAUAAAAAAUGUACGUACUUAACUGUAUUUACAUUACACGAUGUAUAAUCCCUGAAUCUCUUAACAUGACCACGCGCCCGUAGUCGCGAAAAAAUACAAUUGCAUUUAAAAACUUGAUGUAAUUUUAUGAAAACAAAUGUUUACUACUUUUUUUACUUAAAUUCCUACAUUUGUGUUGAUAAUAUAUGUCAUUUCAUCUCAUGAACCAUCAAGCAUAAGACUGAAGUCUUGAAAAAUGGCAGGAAGUGUGCGUUAAACAAUAAUUAUACAUUUAAAGAUUUAAGAAAAAUUAGGACCUGCUUUUAUUAUGGGGAAUAUAAAUGAAAUUGGAUUUUAUUGAUUUACUCCGUUUUGAUGUAAUUUAACUGUAAAUUUAUACAAUUUCUUUCUUUGUAAAUUUUCUGUGAUGUCUUUUUAUAUAUGUAAUUCGAUAAUUAAUAAAAAUAAAUAAAUAUUUACCGU